AGGGAACAGCAGCGAUAUCAGAUUGGUUGGUUGCUUCUGGAUCUGGUUGCCGAAACAAUGCUAUGGCGGGCGUUUGGUUCCCUUGCGAAGCACCAGAGAAAACGCCCGCUAGAUCUUCCAGUCCAUGCUUCCACCGCGCUUCGCCGCGCGUUUGGUUCACUCACGCAGGACCAGGGCAAAAAUCCUGCUCAGGCCUCAGCCGCGUUUCGCCGCUGCUCCCACAUUCAGCACCAGGUUCACCAGCUCCAUCUUGUGCCAGCCCGACCUGAAACUUUGCCUCAAGAACACCAUCCUCUACAAAAUAACAGCAGGGGAGCACCUCCUGCUUGUAUGUUAGAACCAAAGGACACUUCUGGCGAGAGCUUUGAUCAAAAGUUUUCAACACUGAGAAGCACUAUGGAGUGUAUGAGUGACUCUGAGCUCAUGCUGCUCUUGAAGAAGAAAACUAGCCCUAUUUGCUAUGUUUGGUGUGACCCCUCCCCGUGGAUGCAUAUAACCCAGGCUAUCACAAUGACUAUCAAUGUUAAUAAGAUGGUUAAAGCUGGUUUUAAAGUCAAAAUAUUGAUGGCGGAUUGGUUUGCUCGGAUGGAACGAGCGAUUUUUUGCAAGACUGGUGGUGAUUUAAGUCAAGUGCAGACCAUUGGCCGCUACAAUAUUGAAACGUGGAAAGCAACUGGCAUGGACCUUGAUAGCGUCGAGUUCGUGCGGUUGUCAGAUGAAAUAAGUUGCAAUACUGAUGAAUACUGGCCACUUGCUAUGGAUAUUGCAAGAAAAAGUGACCUCAGUAGAAUAAAAAGUUGGCUCCGUGUUCAUGCAUCAAAGGAUACUAGGGGUCAUGGCGUUAUAGAUCCAUAUUUAAUGAGAGAAUUUACUGCUGCUGAGAUGUUCUAUCCUUGCUUGCAAUGUGCUGCUAUAUUGCUUCAGAAGGUCGAUGUAUGGCUAUUGGGCUUGGAUCAGCGUGGGGCCUACAUGCUAUCCAGGCAAUACUGUAAUCGCACAAAGAGGGAAAAAAGACCAAUUGCUUUGUUCAACUAUACACUACCAAAUUUAUUAGAAUACCCAGAAUUUGAGAGCUGGGACCCAAGAUGGGCGGUCUUCAUGGAAGAUGAUGAGAGCCAAGUCGGAACAAAAAUAUGGGAUGCUUACUGCCCUGAAAAUUUUAUAGAAGGCAAUCCGUGUUUGGAGUACAUAAAGUAUAUCAUCUUACCUUGGUUUGGAAAGUUUGAAGUGAUUCGGAAGAAAGAGAGUGGUGGUAACAAGACCUUCAUGAGCAUGGAAGAGCUUACCGCUGAUUAUACAAGAGGCGCUUUACAUCCUACUGACGUGAAGCAUGCCCUUGCGAAUGCAAUAAACAUGAUAUUGCAGAGAUUUGAUUCCUUAUUAAUGAAGACCGAAAAUAAUUAGCAAGCUUAAUAGUAUUUGAUGAUCAUGGAGACAAUAAAGGAC